UCUUUGAAAUGAAUUGGGUUAAGUUGUUGCUUCCACUGCUGGGGUCUUUGGUGGGCUGCCAGGGCAAUGGCCAUGCGAUUGAUUCCGCCGAGCUGGUGACAAAUCCCUGCCAGGAGAUACGGCUGGCCGGCUUUGUCUGCGUCGAUUGCGCCACGCUCGGCUUCUGCUCGAACGUGGAUGGCCAGUGGCAAACGGUGUCCAUGACGAGCUGCCAAUCGGAGCGCGGCUUCUUCUGCAGCGAUGAGGGCUCCAUUGGGUGCACCUGGCAGCCGAAAUGCCAAGUGCCAGUGCGCGGAAAAUUCUACUGCCAGCAGCCGGGCAUAUUUCCGGAUCCGUACGACUGCCGCAGCUACCACGAGUGCAGCGAACAGAACGUGGACACGUCGCGUCAGUGCACCAAUGGCGCUGCCUACUCCCUGCUCACCAACAGCUGCAGCCUGCCGCGGGAGAGCGAGCUCUGCUCGGAGAAGCAGUACAGCUGCAGCUACGUGGGCCAGACGGGCGUCUGGGCUGCCCACAACAGCUACUACUACAUCUGCCAGAAGGACAAGGUGGGCGCCCAAGAUGUCUUCUACCCACUGAUGAUGAAGUGCAGCGAUGGCUACAGCUUCAAUGGCCACAGCUGCGUACCGGACACCAAGUUCAAGCAGAUCGAGCCAGCCGUGGCUAGCUGCGAGGAAUCGAAGCUCUAUGCCGCUGAGUCUAAGCAUGGCUACCUCUUAUGCAUAAAUGGCGAACUCAUGAGCUACGAGUGCCCCGAGGGCUCCAUCUUUGAUGGCAUUAGCGCUGUGUGCAAGCCGGAGCAGUAGAGGGGCUCCAUGUAAUCCCAUUCGACAACUUCA